AUGGAAGAGAUAGCCCCCGCUUCACACCCAGCCGUUCUAACAGCACUAGUCGCCGCGGCCGAAUUCGUCACGAAUUCUCCAUCAACACGUUUGUCUGAGUCAUUGUACGAUUCGGACAAUGGUUGUACAUUCAAGGUGUGCAGUAAUUUCUGCCAGUCUUGGCUGUUCGCUGUCCACCGGAGCAAUGGACUGCUAUCUCUCGGAAUGGUGAAAAAGCUCCGUCAGUGGCUCCCACAUGCACUUAGCUGCUCUCCAGCAGCCGCAGAUUCGACUGGCUGGACACGAUUGUCACUGGAGAUGGGAAAUGGGUCCUCUGCGUCAACCACACCUACAAACGUGCGUGGUGCGCUGGCGACGAAACGACGAGAUAAAAUCCAUGAGAAGAAGGUCAUGCUGAGCGUCUGGUGGGGAGUUCAUGGAAUCUACCGUUUCGAAUUACUGCCGGGCAACACGACACUUACUGCCGAGGUCUACUGCACUCAACUGCAAAGUCUGGCCGACAAGCCUCGCAUGGCUAAUGCUUCAAAUCUUCCCGAAAUGUUCCGACGAGCUACUGGACUUCCUACAUUUAUCACUCAGUGUCUCUCUAGUCGUGGAAACCAGCAAGAUAUUGCAAAGAUGGAAACAGCUCACCUGGCAGACCUGAUUGAUAUUACACGAGUUAUCGCUUUGUUUUGUUAG